AUGGGGCCCAGCAGCUCUGAUCAGAACACUUUACAACACCUCUCUACUGAUCUAUCCAACAGGGUCACUGAGCUCGUGGCUCAACUGAAAAAAGAUGGAAGCAAGCUCCCUACACACGGUGCGACCUCAACAUUCCAGCUCCCCGAGUUUAAAUCGCAGAAUCCCGAGAUCCAAAAGUCUCGAUACGCCAUACUCGACAGCUUGAUGGAACUGCAGCGCAUCAUCCUUGGCCCGUUCGAAUAUAUCAAGACAUUGCUCAACCAUUCACACCAACAGCCUUUGGACAUCGGUGCUCUCCGCGCCGUCGUCAAUCUCAACAUCCAACACGCUGUGCCGAAGGAGGAAUCUAUCUCAUUCUCGGACCUGGCCCGAGAGACCAAAAUCGACGAGGAUCUAUUAACCCGCAUCUUACGGUACAGCGUGUCAAUCGGCAUCUUCUCCGAGUCUCCAGUGGGCUAUGUGCGCCACACAGCGACCUCCAAAGCCCUUACGGAAGAGGCAUUGGCCAAUGUGGUCAAAUGGUGUGCUGAUAUCCAAGUACAGUCUGACCUUCGGCUGUACGAAGCCAUGGAUCCCUCAAGGCCUUCUUCGGCCAUCCCCAAAGUGCCGUUCAACAUUGCAUACGACACGCCUCUGGGCAUGUGGGACUACCAUGCCAAAGACAAGCACUUGGAGGCUCUGUUUAGUGCCAAUGUAGCCACUGAAUUUGGAAGUGCGGAGAUGAGCCCGGAGCACCUUACCAUGGGCUAUUCCUGGGACAAACUGGGGUCUGGCACCGUUAUCGAUGUGGGCGGUAGUUCUGGCCACGUCAGUAAGGCCAUUGCCAGAUUAUACCCCAACCUCCACUUCAUCGUCCAGGACCUCCCCGAUACAAUCGACAGGGUCAAGUCGGAUAUACCGACAGACCUAAAUGGCCGGCUCACAUUCCAAGGCCAUGAUUUUUUCACCCCACAGGAUACCGCCGCAGACGCUUAUUUCUUCCGGUACAUCCUGCACAACUGGGCCGAAGAUGAUGUGGUGCGAAUCAUUCAGAAUUUGAAGCCGAGGCUGGAGAACGGUAGUACGCUACUGGUUAAUGAAUAUGUGUCUAAUGCUGAUGCUGCCACUGCCUCGAUGGAGGAUAAGAUCUAUCGUGAGCGCGAUGUGCAAAUGUUUGCCUUAUUGAAUUCUAAGGAAAGGACUGUAGAGGAUUACCAACGGAUUGUUGCUCGGGCUGAGCCGGGUUUCAAAUUCUGUGGUAUCACAACGGCCCCUGGACAUGGGAUGGUUCUGCUAGAAUGGGUGUAUAGUGAAUGA